GAAAAAUUGAAGUUUGAGAUGAUGACAGAAUUUCCAUGGGCAAGUCGGCACUUGUGCAAGAAGCCUCGGAGACCGGAGGCGAAGGCACCGGAAAGCAAGCUGUUGGAAGGUUUGGAAGUGUUCGACAUCAGUGCAUGCACAUGUCAUGUGGAGUGAUUCAUAGAAAUUCUUUGGUCAACGAUUUCAACAGCCAUAGAGAGAGGAGCUGCAGCUUUGCUUUUCGAGUUGAGUUGCGUUGUAGCGGUACAAGCCCCUUUUGUCAUGAAGAGUCGUCUUCUCCCGUCGUCAUUGCUGUCGCUGCUACAACUAGUACUGUAUCCAUCACUUCUUUGUGCGUUCAUCAUUCCCGAUCCCAUUGUCCAUUUUGGAAUUGGGGCUAUUGCCGGUGGAUGUGGUGCCAUUGCCUAUCAACCGUUUGACUAUGUCAAGGCUCAGAUACAGAGUGAAGAGGGGGCCAAACGGUAUCAAAACAAUGGAUUGGCGUGCUUUUGGGAAACCUUGCAACAGCACCCCCGUGCCUUGCUUACUGGAUUGCCCGUUUCCGUGACGGGUGUCGCGCCCGAGAAAUCGGUCAAAUUGGGGGUCAAUGAUAUACUCAAGGAUUCCUUCCUGCUGGCAAAUGGUGGAACAGUCUUGCCGCUCUGGAGUCAAAUCGUUUCGGGUGCCGUGGCGGGUGCCUGUCAAGUGGUAGUGUCAUCUCCCUUGGAUGUCAUUAAAGUGAGACUGCAAACCCGAAAGGAUGGUGAAGCAGAAGAAUCUGGUUUGGACAAGUUUCGUCUCGUAUGGCAAGAAGUCAAUGGCGUUGCCGGGCUCUAUCGGGGCGUUGAGGCCUGUCUGAUUCGGGACAUUUCCUUUACCGCCGUAUGCUUUCCUCUCUACAGUGCCUUGUUUGACUCGGGUAUAGAUCCAUUCCUGGCGGGGGCCAUGUCCGGUGUGGUAUCUACCUUCAUUGCUACCCCUGCCGAUAUGGUCAAGACUCGCAUUCUGACCAGACAGCAACAAACACAACCUCUUCCAGCAUUCAGCGCGGUAGCAGCAACAUCAACAACGCCAUCCAUCCGGGCUCAAUCGGAUGGAACCUUGGUCAUGAGUGGUGGCGGUGGCUUCAAUAAUGGCACCAUGGUUGGAAUCUAUGAGCCACAAGAGGUGGAUGUCAUGAUGGGAGAUCUGUCCCAAGACUUGAAAACAACUACCACUGACAAUGACAUUGAUAGCAGCAACAAUCCAUUUCUGGUCGCUAAACGAAUAGUGGAACAAGAAGGCUCCAAGGUAUUGUUCACUGGCGUUUCCGAGCGCUGUGUAGGGGCCAUUCCAAGGUUUGGAAUCACUCUGGGAGCUCAUGAAUGGUUGGAGCACUAUGCAUCCAGUGUUGGGCUGUUGUCCACUCAUUUGCCUUCCUAGUCUAGCAACACUCAAAACUAGCUGCAUGUAGCUAUUGGCUGGAUUCAGAAUUUCCCCCAUGUGUGUCUGUUAUGUGCAAAAUUAUUUUUAAAUUGACUUUUACAAAGCAAAAAUGCCCC